CGCCAGUCGCUCGCAGCGCCACAGUGUUGUUUGUACCCGGUGGACCACGUCAUUUUCGAACCGCCUCCAAAAGCUACUGAUUCCGCUCGAUGCUCCUCGGGGUCUGUAGACCGGGUCUAAGGAUAACUGGCGGUCGGUGCGGUGUAUUGUAGUGGUUCGAGGAGGAGCGAGGUGCUGACACGCGUAUUUAAAUCCAAGCCCUCGCCGACUUGGUUCCGCCUAACGCACUCCUCCGCCUCGCCUCGUUUCCACGAAUUUUACGCGAAACGCGAGUAGGAGGAAGAGGAGGAAGAGGAGGAGGAGGAGGAGGAGGCGAGAUUAAACCCUAGCCCGCCCCCUAACAAGUAACACCUUGCGGAAAAAGAGAUCCUCAAACGAAUGACUCUAGCCCCCCUCCGAUUCCAUUUCGUCUCCUCUUUUAAGCUAUUCCUUAAUAAUUACCCCCCGCCGGAUACAGUCGUAGUUAGAAGGUCGGAUUAGGGUUUGAUUGUGAGUGGUGGAGGGGGAGGAAUUAACUAUUGACUAUUGAGGAGGGAGGAGGGAGGAGGGAGGAGGAAGAGGGUUGCUUUAAUGGUGAUGGGGAGGCUAUGGUCCGAGGAGGAGCGGGCCAUGGCGGCGGCGGUGUUGGGGCCCCGCGCGUUCGAGUACCUGUCGGGGUGCCGCGUGUCCCCGGAGGGCGUGGUGGCGGGGGACGUGGACGCGGAGCUCCAGACGAAGCUGCAGGAGGUGGUGGAGGGCCCAUCGGGCCGCCCCUGGACCUACGCCAUCUUCUGGCAGGCCACGCGGGCCAGGACCGGCGAGGCCCUCCUCGUCUGGGGCGACGGCCACUGCCGCGACGCCGAGCCGCGCCGCCGCGGCCGCAGCAUCGUCGCCCGCGCCGGCGAGGCGGAAAGAGAGGAGGAGCGGCGGCAGCGGAUGAUCAAGCGCGUGCUCCAGAAGCUGGACGCGGUGUACGGGUGCGGCGACGAGAACGCGGCGAUCCGCCUCGACCGCGUGACCGACGCCGAGGCCUACUUCCUGAUCUCCAUGUACUUCUCCUUCCCCCUCGGGGAGGGGGGACCCGGGAGGGCGCUCGCGUCGGGGAAGCCCUUCUGGGUCUCGGACGUGGCCACGUCGUCGUCCUCCUCCUCCUCGGAGUUCUGCGUCAGGGCGUUCCUCGCGAGGUCCGCGGGGUUCCGCACCGUCGCGUUCGUGCCCCUCGACGGCGGCGGGGUCGUCGAAUUGGGCUCGCUCGAUCGUGUGCCCGAGGGCUUCGAAGCCAUGAAGAUGAUCCGGUCCGUGUUCUCCCGCGGCGAAAAUCGCUUGAAGGAGUCCAUUCCCAGAAUCUUCGGAAUGGACUUCACCAGCAUCGGUCGCCCGCCCCAGAUCUCCGCCUCCGGGCCUGAAGAGAGGCCGGUGCAUGCCGGUGUUAACGGGCUGAAUUGGAACCGGAUGGAUGAUAACAAGUUCCUCAACAGCGUGCUAGGAGGGUUCGGCGCCGACCGAUUGGGCUCAACGCCGUCGCCGUCGCCGUCGCCGUCGCCGUCGCUGCAGCGACCGAUCCCUCGCCCCGCCGACCUGUUCACGGAGGAGCACCCUCGCAUCAGCCAAUCCCUGCUUCAAAAGCCGCGUCCGCGUCCGCGUCCGCGUCCGCAACAGCUGCCGCCGCCGCCGCCGCCGCUUGGGACAGUGGAUUUCGGCAAUGGUGGUGGGGCGACUUCGGCGGCGGCGGCGGCGUCCCCCGCUGCAGCCCAAUCGGGCGGCGCAUUAGCAUUAGACUCGGACCUUCCGGACGUGGAAUCGUCGAGCAAGGAUGAUCGGAGGAUUACGGCGGCGGCGGCGGCGGCGGCGGAGGAGCGUAGGCCGAGGAAGAGAGGGCGGAAGCCGGCCAAUGGGCGGGAGGAGCCGCUCAACCACGUGGAAGCGGAGCGGCAGCGGAGGGAGAAGCUGAACCAGCGGUUCUACGCCCUCCGGGCCGUGGUGCCCAACAUCUCCAAGAUGGACAAGGCCUCCCUGCUGGGCGACGCCAUUGCCUACAUCCAAGAGCUCCAGAGCCGGCUCAAAGAGUUCGAGUCCGACCGAGCCCGCUGGAACAACCCCGGCCUCGGACCCAGACCCCCCGAGCUCGAGCCGCCCUCGGUCGAGAUCCAAGCGCUGCACGAUGAGGUGAUUGUUCGGGUCACCAGUCCUUUGGAUGGCCAUCCCCUGUCCAGAGUCAUCCAGGCUUUCAACGAGUCUAACGUCAGUGUCGUCGAUUCUAAUGUAUUGGCCACCAAUGGCUCCGUGCUGCAUACUUUCGUCGUGAAGUCGCCGCCCGAUUCCGAGCAAGCGACGCGAGAUAAGAUUGUCGCCGCCAUUUCAUGUGAGAUGACCACGUCGCAGUCCCAGUCGCAGUGAUGAUCUCUCUCUCUCUCUCUCUCUCUCUCUAUAUAUAUAUAUGCUCAGCCAUGCACCGAAUUGUGCUGUUCACUUAAAGAGGAUCGAGCAAAUUUAAGGCUCGGAGCAGAUUCAGAUUUUUUUUUUUUUUUUUUUUUUUUUGAUCUUUUGAUCUUUUGUUGAGGUUUAUAGCGCUUAGUAAAUUCCACUAGUAGUAUUCCUGACGAAAACUGCAUAGUCUUCUUUAUGUAAAUAAUAAUGCAGUGUAAGAGGGCAAUUUUACUUUAGCGUUAAUUAGUUCAUCUCCUUUUCUUUAA